AUGAAGAAGGAAGUAGAUUUCAACCUCCUCUACGACGAGGAAAAGAAGAAUCUGGUGGGGUUGCUAAUCGAAAACAAUUUUGAUGAAAUAUACGAACCAAUUACUACAGAAAGUCUGAGAUUUUUUGUUCCGCUAAACGGAGCGUGCCUAAUUGAUUAUCAAUUACAUUUCUUUAAACAAAAUAAUAUUAAAAAAAUUUACAUAGUGGUAACGCACCACGAGAAGGAGUUGCAGCAUUACAUUGAAAAGUUUCAAAAGAGCACAAAAAGGUACAACGAUUUAGACAUUGAAAUAAUUAAAUUAAGCAAAAAGGUAAAAACGUUAGGUGACGCAUUGCGGGACUUUAAAAAAUGUGUGGAGGUUUAUCAAGACAUAUUAUUACUGCUUUCUGAUACAAUUCCAAUUGCAAAUAUAAAAGAAAUUAUUAAAGCUCAUUUUGUAAACAAGGAAAAAUGUAAAAAUCAAAUUAUGACUCUUAUCCUGUCUCACUGUAUUGAAGAAAAUAAAUCCCAUAAUGACGAUUUUGUCAUUGCGUACGAUAAUUUUUCCUUCAAGCUUCUCCUAUAUGAGCGCUUAAAAAAUAAAAAUUAUUUAAUUUUGACUAGCGAAAUAUUUGAUGAUGUAAAGCCUAAGGAUAGUAAGAAGGGCGGAAGCGGGGCAAAUGCCAUGGGUAUGAGUCAUGGGGGCAGGAAGGACCAAAGGUCUUCUAUAUGCAAAGUAGGAGAAAAUAAAGAAUAUCAUACACCAAGCAUCAAUUUUAAUACCUCCACCAACUCGAUAAUCAUCUCGUAUGAUCUCGUGAUGCCAAACAUUUUUAUUAUCACUCCACAAGUUUUCAAAUUGUUCGAAGAGAAUUUUGAUUACCAGUGCAUGAAAAAGGAUUUUAUUUACAAUAUCCUGAAGCAGGAAAUUAAAAUAGAGGAAAUUUACGUGCAUGCUUUAAACAACGAUUAUAACUACACAGAAUGUAACCAGAUAAUUACAACCUUGACAGAUUUUCGAAUAUAUUUUAAAUUUUUUAAAACAUUAAUUGAAAGAAAUGUGCACCCCUUUUUAGCUAACUCUUCACACCUUUUGCCUGACCUACCAAAAUUUAUUUUUUGUGAACCGGGAUUGUAUAAAGCCAAAAAUGCAAUCAUUGAUGAAUCUUGUAAAUUGCUAAAAAUUGUCUUGGUGGAAAACUAUACGGAAAUUUCAGAACAGACAUUUAUUGAAAAUUCCGUCAUUUGUAAAAAUUGCAAAAUCGGAAAAAAUGUAAAAAUUGUGAACAGCAUCAUAGGAAAAAAUUCUGUCGUAAAAGACAACGUAACAAUUAUCAGCUCCUUCAUCAGUGAGAAUAAUAUUAUUAACGAAAGUGUAUACAUUGAUGAAUGCUGUGUUGUGGGGAAAAAUAUGAAUAUCCCCGCAGACACGAAAAUAGGCAAGUAUACCAGAUUAAGCGCGUUUAAACAUCUAAAGGGACAGUUGAAGGUGCACAGAAGGAGCAAAUUGCAGGACGAUAAUUCCGCUGAGGAAAGGGACAAGAAGGACUUUGCCCUGGACGCGAAUGGUGGAGAGGCACCCUCCCCGCAGGUCGAGCAGGAGGCCGCCCACAAAGAGAUUACCCACAAGGACUGUGAAGAGGCCGCGGAAGGGCAGAAGCAAGAGAAGGAAAACAUCAACGAAGAGGUGCAUGAAGAAGUAGAUGAGGAAUUGAAGGAAGAACAUGAAGAGGUGCAUGAGGAAGAGAUUCAUGAUGAGGAGAUUCACGAUGAGGAGAUUCAUGAGGAAGAGUUGCAUGAGGAUGUAGAUGAAGAGGUGCACGAUGAAGAGGUUCACACAGAAGAGGCUCAUGAUGAGGAGGCUCACGAUGAGGAGAUUCAUGAUGAAGAGGUGCACCAUGAAGAGAUUCACGAUGAGGAGAUUCACGAUGAGGAGAUUCAUGAGGAAGAGUUGCACGAUGAAGAGUUGCAUGAGGAAGAAUAUGAGGAAUUGAAAGAAGAGAAGGAAGAGCUGAAUGAAUUGGAUGAGGUGGUGAAUAAAGAAGAUGAGGAAUUGAAAGACGAAGAUGAGGAGUUGACAGAACAGUUGGAAGCAGAGAAGGAAGAGAUGAGUGAAGAAGAUGAAGAGGUGCAUGAGGCAGUAGAUGAAGAGUUGGAAGAAGAGAAGGAGGAGGUGAAUGAAAUGGCGAUGGGCGCGAAAGAGCUGGGCGAGGAGAACGGUGACAUCGCAGAGGAAGAACCAAGCGAGCACGACGUGCUGCACGGAGAGCCCUUUGAACUGAACAAUUUCAUCGUAAAGACCAAGUACUCUGAAGAACAGCUUCGGCUUUUCUCCUUAAUCGGGGACGCAGAGGACUAUGGGAAAAUGAAAAUGACCAUGUUUUCACAGUACGACUCGGAAGAGGACAGUGACGAGGACUCCGUGUACUCCACAUCGAAAAACUACAGCACCUUAAGCGAUACCAAUGUAAGUGACAAGGAAGAUGAAUCCAUUUGUAGCAGCACUGCAAACAUGAGUGAUAUAAAUAACCACUUUGACAAAAUAAAUUUGGAAAAUGAAAAAAAUUCUUUUGUAAAAGAAAUAUCAUUAUUGUGCAAACAAGCAAUUGACAAACCACAGCAUAUGAGUUACAAAAUUUUAGAAAUGAAAACUUUCAGACUAUCCCUAAAUUAUACAGACCUAGAUGUUAUCGUUUCAUUUUUCCCAAUAGUUUGGGACUUUAUUAAUAAUAUGGAGUUUGAUAAGGACACAUGGGUGGAAAAUUUUGAAGAGGCAAAAUUGGAUUUGUUAUUUUCUUCUUUUCUUCUGGAAGACCAGUUAUACUACGAAACCAUCUACGGCUUGAUUUUAGAUUUUUCCAAAAAGGAAUUCCUUGCAAAUGACGUUCAAAAUAAUGUGUACGGCCCGGACAAAUUGUGUGCGGCGUUUGAGUACAUUUACCACUCGGAUAUUUUUGAGUUCAACUAUUUUAAUGAAUGGAUCAGCAAAAACGCAGAGGACGAGUACUUGGUGAACAACAAGCGGCUAAAGGCCUUUGCGGAGUGGCUCUCACAGGAGUAA